UCUUUUAAUCCACGGGGAUAGCGUGUACGAUGUUAUCGACAAACAGGACCAGCAGGCCGUGCGUUCGGAGCUGUCGCGUGCGCCUGCCGACGGCGAGGACCGCGUCUUCCUCUGCCGCAUGAACGUCGCUCGAAACGCGCGCCGCCAGAUGCGCUUCGGGGACCAAAAGGUGGUGCUAGUCCGAGGUCACUACGUGUCGUAUCUGCCGCUGUGCAGCCGCAAUGAGCCGGUGUUUUUGGCGGUGUGCACGCCGCUUGCCAUGCCCGAGACGCGUGAGUGCGUCGUCCAUGGCGCCACCAACGUCUUCACAACGGUGCACGCUAUGGACAUGAAGAUCCUGCACAUUGACGCUAACGAGUGGCACCUGGGUUGGGAGCGCAGCUCGCUGCACGGAGUCAGCUGGUACCACCUUCUUCACCCCGACUGCUGCAAAGAGGCGCAGAGCAAACACAGGCUUAUAACUCAAUCCGAGCAGGAGAGGUCUUGCAUAGCAUUGUUGAGACUGCAACGCCGCUCCGGCCAGUUCCUAUGGGUCCACGCGGUGCUCCAGCUCAAGGACAACCUGGAGAACUCCCAGCGUCCUGUCAUUGUCUGUACCAAUCAGGUGUUGAGUGAGCAAGAAGCGGCUGUGAUGAAGGCGAACCCUUGGCUGUACCACUACUACGCCGUACAAUCAAAACUGCACUACGGGCUAGCUUACGAAGCAGCUACCAGGAUGUAUGGUCCACCACCGCCUGAUAUACAAGUCUAUCCACCGGCCAUGCAAUACACUCCUGCCCCGCCCGUAUGCCUUAACGGCAACCAAGUCACGAUGAUGCCCAAUCCUGGACUUCAAGCCCACUUAUCACACGUCCCUCCGCAUCUUACGCCCAUGCAUUAUGCUUACGAGAGGCCAGACAAUGGUCCAGUGGAUUAUUCCGUAUCACUGCAGGAAAACAGGUACCACAAUCUACGGAUAGAAGACACACGGAUACAGCCUAAUGCCAAACGGAAAGGAAAAAGCCCGGAUGAUAAACCAAAUACUCCAGUAUCUUUGUCCCCUCGUGACACGCCUUCCACAGUCACUUCUGGGGGAGACACGUUAGUGGCAGUGUCUGCAGGUUCCAUUGCUAGUAGACGGCCAGGAUCCAAGAACUUCAAUAUUACAGAAACAGAAGUGGUGGAUCAAUGGAACCCUAGUCCAACAUGGUCAGAAUCAGCACUGCAAAAAGUUCCAGAUGUUUGCCAUCAAGACUUAAGUCCAUACGUGACGACUACGCCACCAACGCCAUCCGGGACACCUUCCGCUUAUACUCACAACUAUAGUCAUACUUUUGUAUUCGACUGGUCACCAGAACAAUAUGUUCCUCACACUAACAAUAGAUGUAACGCAGUAGCAAUUGAAAGUUCCUAUCAGCAAACAUGGAAUAGGAACCAAAGGACGUCUUUUGCAAAUAAUACGGAGAACACAGUCACAACGACUGAACUGUCUGCAAACUGCAAUCCUAAUAGAUUAAGUUUACAAAUGAGGGUCAGUAAUCCACCGCCAGCGUACAACGCGACCAGAGAAGGAGACAUUCUUAGAAGGCAAAUCGAUCGUCCACAUCCAGAUUCACCGGAUGCCAAAAAGCCUGCAUUAUAACUAUAGAUUUAGGACGCUAUAAUAUUUCUAUAAAAUAGUUCAAUAUUAUUUGUUACCCUUUGUUGUUAAAAUUAUAAGUAAAAGCUCUGGAACUCUCCUGUGAUCUUUGUGUUUAUAAGAACUUUGUAAAAUGCUAGGAUCUAGUGUAUUGUAUAUUAGGAAGUGAAAUUGUAAAAAUUAUUGUCUUCUAAAUGUAAAAAUAGUUUAUUAUAUUUCACAUUCAAUGUGAU